AUGAGAUCCACCUUGUUCAUUUGGAGCUUGCUUGUAGCCGGGAGCUACCACGUCCAAGCUCGACAACAGCAACAACAGGUUAAUUGGAAAACAUCCAGCGAUGAUCAGCGAAUUGAACAUGCCAGGUAUCUCUUAUCCCUUUCACCACUACUUGAUACCCAUGUGGAUACUCCUCAGGUGAUGAGGGUCUUAUCAGACCAUCCGAUGGAUAUGAUACCCCAGCUAGGAACGGGUUUAGCGGGUCACUUCGAUAUACCUCGAGCUAAGCAAGGAGGUGUAGGUGGGGUAUUCUUCACGGUAUGGACUCCCUGUCAAGAUCAGUUAGGCGUCGAUAUAGGUCCAGAUUACCUCAAACCUGAUAAUACUGUUAGAGAUACGUACGAGUCAAUCGACUUGAUACGAUCAAUGAUCGAUGCCCAUCAGGAUACUCUGAAAUUCGCUACCGAUGCACAAGGUAUAAGGGACGCGAGUAAACAGAAGAAAAUAGCGGCUUUGCUAGGCAUGGAAGGGUCUCAUAUGCUCGGCGGAUCGCUAUCGACCAUACGAAAUCUGGCUGCAUUGGGAGUAAGAUACCUUACUCUGACGCACGUCUGUCAUAGUCCAUUCGCCUCCUCGGCGGGGGGAGGAGCAGGUACAGAUGGAUCCUUCAUACCUCCCUCAUCCCUCAGUCCGAGCAACGGACUGACUCCAAUGGGUGUUGAGCUGGUUAAAGAGUUGAACAGACUGGGAGUGAUGGUUGAUCUGAGUCAUACCUCUGAUGGAACGAUGUCAGAAGCUUUGGAUACUAGUGAAGCACCUGUGAUUUUCUCUCAUUCAGGUGCGAGAGCUAUACAUAAUCAUCCGAGGAACGUACCGGAUCACAUAUUAGAUAGGAUGGGUCCAGGGAAGAAUGAAGGUAUCAUAUUGAGUGUGUUAUACAAACACUUUAUCGAUCCCAAUAACGCUACCAUCCCCCGAGUUGUCGAUCACGUAGAAUACAUCGCACAGCGUACUUCCAAGAAACAUGUGGGUUUAUCAUCGGAUUUCGAUGGAAUGUCAGAAGUGGUAGAAGGUAUGGAAGAUACUUCCAAAUGGCCAUAUCUUGUGGCUGAAUUCCUACGAAGAGGGUGGACGGACGAAGAAAUUCUGGAUCUCACUGGAAGAAAUUUACUCCGUGUAAUGGAAGAUGUAGAACAAGUAGGAAAGAAAUUGAGAUCAGAGAGGAAACCCAGUACGGCGAUCUAUGACAAACGGACUGAUUUGCCCGGCACCAAUUGGGGUGGACCGCAUGGUGCUUAUCUGCCUAUGGACGUCAAAGCUAUUGUGGACAAGAGAGUCGCUAGACUCGCUGACGAGCUUUAA